AGUCCAGUCCAGAAGAACGGCCCAACCGCGCAUCUUUCCCCUCCUCUCCCAAGGAAAUCUCCAAGCCCUAGUGCCUUCCCCGUCAUGGCGGCCGGACCACAGCGCUCCUCCCCUCCUCCGCCGCCACCCAUGCCGCCUGGACGCCGCCACCGCGACGACCAACCAGAGCGCUGGGUUGAAGACUCUGACUCCAAACGCCCCGAGGAAGAUCAACAAACGCCCACUCCAAACCCUGGACCCUCCCCAGCGCAUGAUCUGCAGCUGGCUCAAAGGUGUGAGGCGACAGAUAUCUUGGAAGAAUUGGAGCUCAACGCUACUCCCUCGUUGUCUUCAUGCGUUUCUUCUUUGACGCCUACUGGUUUACUUAUUAAAUAUUUUGUCAGAGUUGAUACGGAGGGAUUUUUCCAUAUAUAUCCUGAUCGAGGUGGACCAUUUCAGAGUUUAAAGGAAGCUCAGCAAGCUAUUGACUCGUAUCAUGUUGUUGGACUAAUAAAUAGCCUUCCCACAUUCCCAUGAUAAAGAUGGCGCUAGCUAGAACAAUGUGUUUUUAGCUAGACACACUUAUUUGGGGAUCCAGAAACAAAAGAGUGAUUUUACUUUUCAUGGAAAAAAAUGCGCUGAGAACUUGGUCUUAUAAGCAUGUAGGUAGUUCAGUUUUGUUUUGCCUUUUGUUGCUUAUUACUACGUAGCAUGAGUUGUGUCAUUAGCAGUGCUCUAUAUGUCAACUAGGUGCAUGGAUGGACUUUCAUCUCAUGAGAGGUCUGUGCGGUAUGCUUUACACUGGCCUCAUGAUGGCACAAGGAGAAAUUCUGCAGAAGCCUUCGCUGCCAUGAAGACCCGUCGCCCUGUCCGAGAAGUUGUCAAAGCUCUAUUGGACAAGUACAACGAGGACAAUGGUCGUAUGGGGGUAUGCUCUCCCCCUCGCCCACUCUCUCUUGACUUUCUCGUUUGCAUGAUUCGAGUGCCAUCAUAUUCAUGUCCUUACUCCGUACUCAAUUUUAGGAUCUUGCAUAUGAACUAGAAGAAAUAGUGAGAUAUAAACCAUGUUUUGACGGGAAAGGCUGCGCUUAUAGGUCAUAUUCACAUUUGAAUAUGACCAUGAAGACUAAAGGAGCUGAUGAUCCUCGUAAUAAACUGUAUUUUGCUGAGGUCACCUGUAUGAGGGACGAACAUGAAGGGUACCUGCUCACCUGUAUCUCCACAGUUGAA